CCGCCCCGCCUCCGUCUAGCCUUAAGCCCUGGAUGUUGAGCUUUCCGUUAGGUCUUCAGUCCCAGGCAAGUCCCUACUUCUUGAGCGCUUCUGUGCUAGGAGUCCGAUCCCGCCUGACCCCGAGCCACUGUCCAGUAGGGCGGACUUUGCUCUCCAGGAGCCCGGCCCCCAGAAGCCGGAUCCCGUUGGUCCCUGACUCCAGCUGUCCAACGACCUGAUCUAUCCCCUCAUCCAGCUCCGUCCCCCAAAACCUGACUCCACCAAAAUCCUAAACUUGGUGAAUCUCGAAUGAGCCCCACCAAGAGCCCAAAUCACACCCUCCAAAAGCGGCUGAACUCCCCACCCUUCCAGGAGCCACACCCCCAGAAGCAGGACCCGCGGGGUCAGAGUCCCGAAGCGCACAACGGCCUGACCCGCCCCUCACGGGUCCCGCCCCCAGAGCCCCGCCCCCUAGGCCCUGGGCCCCACCCCCAGGAGUCGGAGCUCCUCUCUCAGGGGCCGGACCCUGCCCCUCCCGGAGCCCCGCCCCCGGCCCGGCGACGGCGGUGACCGUUGAUGCUUUCGGCGGGCGCCCGGCGGGAGCAAGCGGCGGCCCGGGUAACAUUUCAAGACAAAACCCCCAGUAGCAUCGUGCCUUCCUUGAAACAUGGAAUCCGUGGAAUAGUGGGACAUGCGAUCAGCCCUGACAAUACAGCAGGAUGUACAGGGCUGGGGAGCCAGGGAAACGGCAGCCUGGCCCUGCACCCCCUCGAGUGCGGAGCGUCGAAGUGGCCCGGGGCAGAGCUGGCUACGGCUUCACCCUAUCAGGACAGGCGCCCUGUGUGCUCAGCUGCGUCAUGAGGGGCAGCCCUGCAGAUUUCGUGGGCCUCCGGGCUGGGGACCAGAUACUUGCCAUCAACGAAAUCAACGUGAAAAAAGCCUCCCAUGAAGAUGUGGUGAAACUGAUCGGGAAAUGCUCUGGAGUCCUGCACAUGGUGAUUGCUGAGGGCACCAGUCAUGUGGAGUCCUGUUCCAGCGAUGAAGAAGGUGGCCUGUAUGAGGGGAAAGGCUGGCUGCGGCCAAAACUUGAUUCUAAGGCUUUGGGUAUAAACAGGGCAGAGAGGGUUGUGGAAGAGGUCCAGUCUGGUGGGAUUUUCAACAUGAUUUUUGAAAGCUCAAGUCUUUGUGCCAGUGGCCCUGAGCCACUGAAGCUGAAGCAGAGGUCCUUGUCUGAGUCGGCUGCUUUGCGGCUUGAUGCUGGCCAGGCUGGUCUCUGUGCACCACAUCCCAGCAUGCUUUCCAAAGAAGACAUAUCAAAAGUUAUCAAUGAUGAUUCUGUAUUCACUGUGGGUCUGGACAGUCACGAUGACUUUGGACUAGAUGCGAGUAUUUUAAAUGUUGCCAUGGUUGUGGGCUAUUUGGGCUCCAUUGAGCUCCCUUCCACCAGUUCCAACCUGGAGCAUGACAGUUUACAGGCUAUCCGUGGCUGCAUGCGCCGCCUACGGGCUGAGCAGAAGAUCCAUUCCCUAGUGACCAUGAAGGUCAUGCAUGACUGUGUGCAACUGGUCACUGACAGGGCUGGCGUGGUGGCAGAGUACCCUGCCGAGAAGCUGGCAUUCAGUGCAGUGUGCCCGGACGACAGGCGGUUCUUCGGGCUAGUGACCAUGCAGACCAAUGAUGAUGGGGGCCUGGCACAGGAAGAUGAAGGUGCCCUAAGGACGUCCUGCCAUGUGUUCAUGGUGGACCCAGACUUAUUUCAUCACAAGAUCCACCAAGGCAUUGCGCGGAGAUUUGGGUUUGCAUGCACUGCAGACCCAGACACGAGUGGCUGUUUGGAAUUCCCAGCAUCUUCCCUCCCCGUGCUUCAGUUCAUCUCUGUUCUGUACCGAGACAUGGGUGAACUGAUUGAGGGUGUGCGGGCCCGUGCCUUUCUAGAUGGGGAUGCAGAUGCCCACCAGAAUAAUAGCACUAGCAGCAACAGUGACAGCGGCAUCGGCAAUUUCAACCAGGAAGAGAAGAGCAACAGGGUGCUUGUAGUUGACCUGGGUGGGGGCUCAAGCAGGCAUGGCCAGGGCAGUAGUCCAGGGUGGGAAAGUGGAGGUGGAAGGGGCUCACAGCCUUGGAGUGCACCCUGGAAUGGAGCUUUCUGCCAUGACUCGGAGGCUGGCUCCCCAUUGGAAACCAGCCCCAACACUGACAGGUUCUGGGACUUAACAAAGCACUCAGGGCCUGUCUCUCACAUGGAGGUCCCUCCAGCCACCUUGAGGAGUUCUAUACCCCCUUCUAAGAGGGGUGCUGCAGGUUCCAGCUGUGGUUUCAACCAGAGGUGGCUCCCGGUCCAUGUGCUACAAGAGUGGCAGUGUGGACAUGCCAGUGACCAGGAGUCUUACACAGACUCUACUGACGGGUGGUCCAGUGUCAACUGUGGCACACUGCCCCCGCCCAUGAGCAAGAUCCCUGCAGACCGAUACCGGGUGGAGGGCAGCUUUGCUCAAGCCCCACUGAGUACCCAGAAGAGGGACUGGUCUAGGAAGGCUUUCGGAAUGCAGAACCUUUUUGGACCCCAUCGAAAUGUUAGAAAGACCAAAGAAGACAAAAAGAGUUCAAAAUUGGGGCGGGGAGUUGCCCUGGCCCAGACGUCUCAGCGCACCUCAGCUCGCAGGUCCUUUGGAAGAUCUAGGAGAUUCAGCAUCACGCGCUCCCUUGAUGAUCUUGAGUCUGCAACUGUGUCUGAUGGUGAGUUGACUGGAGCUGACCUUAAGGACUGCAUCAGCAACAACAGCCUGAGCAGCAAUGCCAGCCUCCCCAGUGUGCAGAGCUGCCGGCGCCUACGAGAGAGGAGAGUUGCAAGCUGGGCAGUGUCAUUUGAGCGUCUCCUUCAGGAUCCUGUUGGUGUUCGCUACUUCUCUGAUUUUCUACGUAAGGAAUUCAGUGAAGAGAACAUUUUAUUCUGGCAGGCCUGUGAGUGCUUCAGUCAUGUUCCUGCACAUGACAAAAAAGAGCUCUCUUACAGGGCCCGGGAGAUUUUCAGUAAAUUCCUGUGCAGCAAAGCCACCACUCCUGUCAACAUUGACAGCCAGGCCCAGCUGGCAGAUGACAUUCUCAAUGCACCCCACCCUGACAUGUUCAAGGAACAACAGCUCCAGAUUUUCAACCUGAUGAAGUUUGAUAGCUACACUCGCUUUCUGAAAUCCCAGCUGUACCAAGAAUGCGUCCUGGCAGAGGUGGAGGGACGUACCCUCCCGGACUCUCAGCAGGUCCCCAGCAGCCCAGCUUCCAAGCACAGCAUCAGCUCUGACCACUCCAAUGUGUCCACACCAAAAAAGUUAAGUGGAAAAUCAAAAUCAGGACGAUCCCUGAAUGAAGAUGUUGGGGAGGAGGAUAGUGAGAAAAAACGCAGAGGGGCCUUUUUCUCUUGGUCAAGGAGCAGGAGCACGGGGCGGUCCCAGAAGAAGAAGGACCAUGGUGACCAUGCCCAUGAUGCCCCUCAUGCCAAUGGAGGCCUCUGCCGUCGGGAGUCCCAAGGCUCUGUAUCUUCUGCGGGGAGCCUAGACCUGUCAGAGGCCUGUAGGACCUCAGCACUCGAGAAAGAUAAGGCUGCCAAACAUUGCUGUGUCCACCUCCCAGACGGGACAUCCUGUGUGGUUGCUGUCAAGUCCGGGUUCUCCAUCAAAGAGAUUCUGUCUGGAUUGUGUGAACGGCAUGGCAUCAAUGGGGCUGCUGUGGACCUCUUCCUGGUGGGCGGAGACAAGCCUCUUGUGCUGCAUCAGGACAGCAGCAUCCUGGCCACCAGGGACCUACGCUUGGAAAAGCGGACUUUGUUUCGGCUGGAUCUCGUUCCGAUUAACCGGUCAGUGGGACUCAAGGCCAAGCCCACCAAGCCAGUCACGGAAGUGUUGCGGCCCGUGGUGGCCAAAUAUGGCCUGGACCUGGGUAGCCUGCUGGUGAGACUGAGCGGGGAGAAGGAGCCCCUGGAUCUUGGUGCCCCUAUCUCAAGUCUGGAUGGACAACGGGUCAUCCUAGAGGAGAGGGAUCCUUCUCGAGGGAAAGUGUCCACAGACAAACAGAAAGGUGCUCCUGUCAAACAAAACUCAGCUGUGAACUCCAGCCCCAGAAACCACUUGGCUAUGGGAGAGGAGAGAACACUAGGCAAGUCUAACUCUAUUAAAAUAAGAGGAGAAAAUGGAAAAAGUGCUAGGGAUCCCCGCCUUUCAAAGAGAGAAGAAUCUAUUGCAAAGAUUGGGAAAAAAAAAUAUCAGAAAAUUAAUUUGGACGAAGCAGAGGAGUUUUUUGAGCUCAUUUCCAAAGCUCAGAGCAACAGAGCCGAUGACCAGCGUGGGCUGCUAAGGAAGGAAGACCUGGUGCUGCCCGAGUUUCUUCGCUUACCUGCUGGUUCCUCAGAACUUGCCCUGUCCAGCCCACCCCCAGUCAAGGGCUAUAGCAAGAGAGCUGUUACAGGCCAUGGCCAGGAGGGAGCAGCUCAGACAGAGGAGAGCUACAGCGACAGCCCAGCUACCAGCCCUGCCUCAGCCCAGAGCCCCUGCUCAGCCUACAGUCCAGGCUCCGCCCACAGCCCCGGCUCCGCCCACAGCACCCCUGGGCCUCCUGGGACCACCCAACCUGGAGAGAAGCCUACAAAGCCCUCCUGUGUCUCCAUGGUGCAAGAGGGCACUACACAGGCCUGGAGGAGGCUAUCACCAGAAAUGGAGGCUGGGGGCAUCCAGACUGUGGAGGAUGAGCAGGUGGCUGAUCUGACCCUGAUGGGGGAGGGGGACAUCAGCAGCCCCAACAGCACGCUGCUACCACCACCCCCCACACCCCAAGACACACCAGGACCUCCAAGACCAGGAACACGUUUCCUGGAAGCCCAGCCCUCAGGAGGCAUAGACACGCCCAGAACACAUCACCCCUGGGCCUGACACUCUCAAGUUUGCUAAGUUACCAAGGAAGACAUCUGCCAGGGGCCACUCCAUAGCACGUCUGGUUCCUGGCCUUGUCCAGUGGUUAGUAUCAAGUAGAUCUCAGGUUCCUGUUGCUGCCCCAAGAUCCUGUACCUGCUGUGCUACUCCAGGCCUGAGUUACAAUGGCCUCACCUUCCAGCUGGGCUCACUUCUGCCCCCUUCUCCUCCUGAUCUGCUCCACCCCACCCCAUCCAGCACUGGCCUUCCCUUACCUUGCUGAUUUCUUGAAUGUCGCUACCCCAACAUGCUAGCCUUGCUAGACGCCAUCCUCUGGACUCCCCCACUUCUGUCCACUACUGUACCUUGUACCACCCCAGUACCUGCUGUGCUACUCCAGGCCUGAGUUACAAUGGCCUCACCUUCCAGCUGGGCUCACUUCUGCCCCCUUCUCCUCCUGAUCUGCUCCACCCCACCCCAUCCAGCACUGGCCUUCCCUUACCUUGCUGAUUUCUUGAAUGUCGCUACCCCAACAUGCUAGCCUUGCUAGACGCCAUCCUCUGGACUCCCCCACUUCUGUCCACUACUGUACCUUGUACCACCCCAGCCAUAGACGAGCAUGACCCCAAAGCCCAGGAUGUGUUUGUAGAGAAAGCCACUGUAAUCUAGCCCAGCUAGACCCUGAGCUAGACCGGGGGUCAUGAGCCAGAAGCAAGGCUAAUUCUCUCCUGUGAGGAGCCAGGGAUUAGCAGGCCCCUGUGGGCAGAAACACGAGGAAUGGCCAGGACGGGGCCCUAGCCCCAGUCUUCUCUGUUCUUUCUUUCUAGGUUUUCCUGUGUUCAUGGUUCACCUGUGCCUGGGUCUUGUGUCUCUUUCUUUCUAGGAGCACUUGGGGGCCUUGGCAGGAGGUCCUAAGAUGGUGCACACAGUCCUAAGAGAAUAGGGACAUAGCUCAGGGCAGUAUCCCUGCCCUGUGGAGAUAGAAGGGGAAGAGGGACAGGCGACUAGGGCUGGACCCUGAGAAUGGGCUUACCUUAGGGGCUCACCCUUACUCUGCUGUGUGCCAUGGACCCUUAAGGAUGGGCAUGGAGGUAGGCAUGGCCAGAGCAGGCAGCAGCAGCUGGGCAGAGAAUGUCCACAAGUAAAUGAGAGGCUUGGGAAUGGCAAAUGCCACCAGUGCCGACUGGAAAGCUUCAGGCUCCCAGAGAGUAGCUUAGGUAGUCCCUAGCCUUUGGGGCUCUGGCAAAGACCCUGCAGGGGAACUGAGUGUCCCAAUAGGACAGGUUAGCCAAAGGCCAUUGUGAAGAAGUGGCCCAGAGGGCAGGAAAUGAGAUGCUGGCAUGGCCUUGCCUGGGUGCCUGAGAGUAAUGAGAGCCUGAGGGAACUUGUGCCCAGAGGUGUGGUGUGGGCUGUGCUGACCCAGACUGGCCCUGCCCAGUGGCUCCUGAAAACCAGUGGGGUCACUCAUUACUCCCAGCCUAGAGAGUUCUGUGGAGCCUUGGAGGGCAGGCUGGUCCUGAAUGGUUGGUGUCUGAGUCACUGGCUGAGACUUGCCACAUUCUCAGAGCAAGUCUAGGCUGAGCAGGCAGGAAGUAUAAGGGGGCCACUCCUUGUGAGGUGCAUUUCCUUGAUCCCCCCCCAAAUCUGUCCUGUUCCCUUCUGGGCACAAAGGGUUGCUUGAGGUUGGAGCCUCUUCCUGAGUGAGCAUCCCGGGCUGGAGGGGACUGCUGGUCUCCUGUACCUGUGGGGAGUCGCUGCUUCUUUGAGGACCUGCUGGCAUUCUACAUAAAUGCCCCAGUAGUGUCCAGUGUUGGAGUCGGAUCCCUGUCUCUUUAACACAUAACCGUCUUGAUGCCAUGCAUUUGGAGUCAUUGAGGUUUGAUGACAAGCAGGAUAGGUUGUGGAUCCCAGCAGGCACUAGCAGGCUGGGAGAGAGUUCCAGUCUUAACUACACUGGGCACCCUGAUACUGAUAGCAUCUGAGGUGGAUGAGCCUCUUCCUGUGCCCUGGGACUUGUCACAUGAUGAGCUGGGGACUCUCAGCAGAGACAUUAUACCUCUGUGUUCAAGCCUGAACUCGCUACAUGAGGUGGAAGCUACUUCUGGAAGCUUGCACCAAGGGUAAGGUGGGAUACAAGGAGUCUUGGGGUCCACAAAAAAAACUGGGCCAUAACAGACCCCCAAUCCUUGUAUCUGUUAGAGGACUUGGCACUGCAAAGGGAGCAAAAUGUUCACUGUUAGUGGUAAGCCGUGUCUGUUAUAGGGUGCAUCUACCCCUUUGGGUUAUCCUGAGCCCUCCUGGCCACACCAGUGCCACACUGGAUGGACCCAUCCCUCCCUGCUAUCAGCCCUAGCCUGGAGUCCAGUAUCCUCACUGCAAGCCUGCCAGAGAGAAGUCUAGCUAUCACCCAGGAAGAUGAGGAGGGCUAGCCACAAAGGACUUGGGGAGGAUGCCCGACCCAAAGGGAACAACAUGGACACAGUAGUGUCCAUGUGGUAGGUGGGCAGAGGAGGCUGCAAGGCCCAACAUCUGGUGAGAAGCCCCCCUAUUGUGUGAGACCCCUGAGCAGUCUGACAGAUGAAGCUAGGGUACCCGUGUACAGGUGCAGGGAAAUCCAGUGACUUCCCUACAGUGUGUCUGAGGGCUGCCUAGGGCUCUCCCAUCCUCAGAGCCCUGGGUCCCUUAUUCAUCACAUCACAAAAGCCUGAGAUUCAUGAACCUCCCAGCUAGACUGUGGCACUGCCAGCUGUCAGAGCCACUCAUCAUGAGGUAACCAGUUAGAGGAGAAUUGUCUGUGGAAGCCCCUGCUAGGCAUGAUGGCUGGCCCGAAUGGGUGGACGGUUGGCCCUCUGACCUCCCCAGCCUUCCUAUCCAGGUCCAUGGCCUAUGGCUGGAGAUCACCUUGUCUGGAGUGGAUUUGGUGUCUGUGCAGGGAUGCUGGGGUGGGUUUCGGCAACCCAGGGCUGAGGCAAGCAGGUGACAGCUUCUCUUCUCCCCA